GCGGCGGGGACCCUCCGUGAGGACGCGGAGGGGCCGGCGGGUCGAGCGGGCGGGCUCCGGCGGCCGGGGCCGCGCCGGCCGUGGCGGGAGAGUGGGUUUUGCUUUGAGGCGGUCGGGGAACGGGCGACGCCGCAGGGCUGUGCGUUGAGCCGCCUGUCCCCGGCGCCUGUUCGCCGUUUCCUGAGGGUCGCCGCUAGUCAGCGUCGUUAUUAAGAUGCGGAGCGCUCGCUGACUGCCGGGCUGGGCAGAGCCUCGGGGUCUGAGGGAGGAAGCGCGCGGCCCGGAACGACUGGUAGUGGCGAGAGGCGCGUGGGGACGCGCGGGACGGGCCGUGGGUCUUGCCCGGGCAGAGGCUGACAGCUGCGAUGCGGUGGUGAAGUCGCGGUGGCGCGCGGAGGGCCUGCGAGAGGGGGCGUUUGGAUCCCUCGGUCCUCGCGCUAACGCACGGGCCCGAGGCUGUCGUUCAAGAGAGCGAGAAAGGAGGACACCGACUUGGCGGUUGACGCCUCUUGGGUGGGUGGCGGAAAGUGCGCCUUCACCACGUUACGUUUCGCUCUGCCGUAGCCUGGAGAUGGCCUGGUAUGGCUAGACUUGCUAUUUCUGGUUUUCUCAAGCGCUAGGUUUUUAAAAUAUCACUAAGUAAACGAAUCAUUGAGAGAUUCACUUCAUAAUGCAGUUUAGACUCACAGGAGCGUACGUUUUAAAUUGAACUUUCUGUGGUGUUUUAUACCUUUUAAGGUUGUGUGUGGUUAAAACCACCAACAGUUAGAUCACUACGUUACCCACUUGGUAGGAAAUUGCUUCAUCGUAUUUAGUAUCAGUGUGAAAAAGUGCCUUUUUACAAAAAGGUUCUUAGUACAUUUUUCCUUUGUAGUUAAACACUAAAGUGUUUUUAGGUACAGAAAGAUUUUUGUGUAAUGAUUACAAUCCCACAUUAGAGGUUGGGGUUUACUUAAUUACUGUCAAUGGAAAGAAAUUGUAGUACUGGGAUAUGUGAGCUUUCUUUGUUCAUUUGGAAUGAUAGCUGUUGAGUUUUCUUUCUCGCUUAGGGACUUCCCUGCCCAACCUCUGAUAAAUGCCACAUAUCUUCUCAUUUUAUUUAGUGUUUACUAUUACAAGUUUUUGAGGAACUUCAUUUUAUUUUUAGAACAUUGUGAAGAAAUGGCAUGUUUACGGUAUUAACUAUUUAUGUUGUCUAGGUACUUUCAAUAUGUGAACUCAUUCCUUAAAGAUCAUACACAGAGGGUAGGCAUUUGGCCUAGCUGUUGGGACUUCCAAAUCUCAUGUCGGAGGACCUGGGUUUGUGUCCAGGUUCCGCUUCUGAUUCCAGCUUCCUGAUUAUGUGCACCCUGGUGGGGGAGGGGGUCGUGGAAUGUGAUGACUUAAGUAGUCAUGGGUCUCUGCUGUCCACAUGGGAGCCUCCCCGGAACCUGGACUUCGCUCCAGCCCAGCCUCAACAAUGGUAGGCAUUUAAGGAUUGAAACAGUGGAUAUGUAUCUGUAUCUCUCUCUGCCUGUCAAAUCAAGAAAAGUAAAUUUCAGUAAGUCAUCCAUAAGCAUUGUAGGUUUCAUUUUACAGAUAAUAAAAAGUAAAACAAAGGGAGGCUUAGUAACUGAUCCAGGGUCAUGGAGCCACAAAGCGGUGGAAUUAGGUUUUGAAACCAGGUCUGAUUGCACAGACUGCACAUGUCAAAGUUGUCAACUUUGAUGAAACAAAAGUAACAAGAAGCUACAAUCUCUCAACAGUGCACAUGGAAUCUGGAAUCUUUAGAAGAUAAGAGCUUGAGCACAGAAGUCCAUCGGCAGCCAGUUAUGUUCAAAGGACACUGCUUAUUUCAGGAAAAUAUGGGAUAAAAACGUGGGUUUCCUGUGUUUCGAUGUUUAUUACAAUUUCUAAAAAAGUCUUUAAAUAACACUUCAUAAAGUAGCUCAAAAUUAUGGUAAAUGGUCAUGGUAAUUUUUCCAGAAGUACUAAGGGUUAAAUCGGUUAUUAUUCUGUUCAACACAAGACAAAAAGAUAAUAACGAUAGGCUCCACAGGUCUUUAAAUUAUUUAUGGGUAAUUCAAACAGACUUACUAGUAUAGGCUAACAAGAAAAAACUGGUUACAUAAUGUGCUACUGCAGUUAAAGAAGCACAUGAAUAAAUUUUUUAAUAAAACUGUAAAAUUAAAGAAACACUAUCCAACAUACCUAAAAUAUCAUCUGGCUUUGGCAAAUUCUCAAAUGCCUUUAAAUCAUUUAGGAUAACAGUUGUAAUCUAGAAUCAAUUCUAUGUGUAAUACAGUAUAUACAGCAGUCUUCUGAAGCCCAAAGUCUGGAGUGGACUGUUCACUACCUAUGACUUGGGGGCAACUUUAUAACUUCUUUGAGCUUUGAUUUCCUUAUAUGUAAAACAAGAUAAUAUCCAUCUUGCAAGAUUUUUGUGAUGGAAAAAUAAAUGCAGUGAACCUAAAAUAAUGUCUGAUAUUAAGGCCCCUAACAAGUACCUACUCUUCACAGAAACCCACAGUGGAAUCUGGUUCUUCAGUCUCUCAUUAAUUGUGCUGGUGAUUUUUUUCUGGACCUUGUGAAUUGUGGCUCCUACAGCUUCUUUUCAAUCAUCAACCAACUAAACUAAUUUUAUUCACUAAUACCACUGAACGUCUACUAUGAGACAAGCAAUUUUAUAUUUUUACCUGUUCUUCAAUAAUAAUAUAACUGUUAAAUACAUAUCAGUGUCUUUGUUACUGCCUUCCUGGGCCACAGCAGAGAGCUGGACUGGAAGAGGAGCAACCUGUACAGAAUCCGGCACCCCAACUGGGACUAGAACCCGGAGUGCCGGCACCUCAGGUGGAAGAUUAGCCUAGUGAGCCGAGGCACUAGCCUAGAAUACUGAUUAAGAGGGGCAGGCGUUUAGUCAUAUGGGGGUAAGCCACUGUCUGCAACGCCAAAAUCCAAUACGGGCACCAGUUCAUGUCUGGGCUGUUCCAGUUCCCAUCCAGCUUCCUGCAGAUGGCCUGGCUCCUGACUUCUACCUUGCCCAACCCUGGCCAUUGCAGCCAUCUUGGGGGGUAGGGGAGGAUGAGCCAGCAGAUGGAGGAUCUCUCUCUUUCCUGUUUCGCCUUCUCUUUCUAACUGACUUUCAAAUGAAUAAAUAAAUAAAUCUUUUUUUUUUUUUAAAAAAAGAGUAAGAAUGGAGACUCAGGAUGGAAUGUGUAUUUGAAUUUUGGAACAGAUACAUUUUGUAAACAUAAAUGAAUAAUGUGAAUUCUCUAAGCCUCCAUUUCUUAUGUAUUUUGUUAAUAGUUACUCUAUUGAGGUAUCUAAAUUAUGAGUACUCCUGAGGAGUAAUGCUUGCAUAUUACAAAUUGUUGGUAAAUAUCGUCAUUUGUUUACACAUUUUUAACUUACUGUAGCAAAUAUAGCCAAUCUUUAUGGGGCUUCAUCGUUUCUGUUUUCAUCAAAGUCAUUUUCCCCCACUUUGGUGGGCUCCUCUUAUCCUGAAGAGGAUGAAGUCACUGGCGGCAUCGAAAGAGGGAACUAGUUCUAACUACUGCUCUGACUUCUACAGAGACGUUCUUAGGAAGGAAAUGAGGAAAAGAUAAAUUCCCUCUCUUAAGAAUACCAAGCAAGCAAACCUCAGCACCCUACUAAGUAAGAUUUUUGCCAUGAAAAACUUUAUUCAGACAUCAUUUUGUCCCACAUAAUGCCUUCUUGCAUGUCCUCAUUUAUUUUAUUUUUUUUCUUUUUCAAGGUAUUUUGAAAACUGGUGAUUUGCCUACUGGAGGCAAACUUCUAAUUUAAUGUGACUAUUUUAAAACCUUAGGUUCUUUCAUUUGAAAUGAAAGAGGCAUAUCUGAAGUAGGUGGUCAGAGCUUCGCUAGUCUGAGUUGAGUUUAAUCUCAGUGAAUGCAACUGUAAGAUAUUCUGGACUUUGUUUCUGCACUUGAUUUAUUAUUAAUGAAAGACAUUGUCUGUUUCAUUUGGCUUUUGAAAUAGAAUUCCUGACAUGAAAAAGCCUGCAGAGACCGUCUUCUGUCCCCUUGCUGUGAAAAGCACGUAGUGGAACACGCUGUCCUCUGGUCCAGCUGUUGGAGGCUCGGGGUGGUUUCACGCUCAAUCGGCUGUUUGGAUUUUAUUGUUGUCAUACCUGCUUUUCUUCUCUUAACUUUGAAGUUUUCCUGUCUCAAGUUGUUUGCAUCGUUUUGAUAAGCUAUCUCAAAAUCUUUUUGGAAAGAAGUAGACAGAUAGUCAAGGUGGGUAGGUAAGACAGCACGUAGACCAAUUAUUAAAGCAAUCCAUGCUUAUAAAUAAAGAAUUCCCAUGUGUAUCCCUUUUUUUAUCCCAGAUUGUUUUGCUGGGCAAAAGCUGAUAAUAUUUCUCUUAUGCAUUGUUUUAAAGUGUCUGUGGUGUUAAGACAAGUCCUUAAGAAUUUAUGGGCAUAGAUUCUUAAUCACAGCAUUUCUUAAAAUAGGGAAAAAUUGGAAACAGCCUAACUGCCGUCAUGAGGGAGCUGUUAAGUAAAACGUGGCCCAGCCAUAGAGGCAGCGCAAAGAAGCCAGUGACAUUGGUAUUGCAGUGUUGGAACCAUCAGACAGAAAUAUUUGAAGACCAUAGUAGAGGCUGAGCAGACCCCAACAAGGCACUUUUUUAAACGCCAUUUUAAGUUUACGCCAUGGAGGAGCAGCACAGUUAUGGAGAGGACCUUCUGCUUAGGGUGGGACUUAAUGACAACAAAGCAGGAAUGGAAGGGUUGGAUAAAGAGAAAAUUAACAGAAUUAUAUUGGAAGCCACAAAGGGAUCUAGAUUUUAUGGAAAUGAGCUCAAGAAGGAAAAGCAAGUUAACCAGCGAAUUGAAAAAAUGUUGCAGCAAAAAGCUCAAAUAACCAACCAGCAGCUAAGGAAAGCACAGCUACAGGUUGACAGAUUUGCAAUGGAAUUAGAGAAGAGCCGGAAUCUGAGCAACACCAUAGUACAUGUUGACAUGGACGCUUUCUAUGCUGCUGUGGAGAUGCGGGACAACCCGGAACUGAAGGACAAGCCCAUUGCUGUGGGCUCAAUGAGUAUGUUGUCUACUUCAAAUUACCAUGCAAGAAGGUUUGGUGUCCGUGCAGCCAUGCCAGGAUUUAUUGCCAAGCGACUGUGCCCACAGCUUAUUAUAGUGCCCCCCAACUUCGACAAGUAUCGAGCCGUGAGUCAGGAGGUUAAGGAAAUACUUGCUGAUUAUGAUCCUGAUUUUAUGGCCAUGAGCCUGGAUGAAGCCUACUUGAAUAUCACAAAGCACUUAGAGGAAAGACAGCACUGGCCAGAGGACAAAAGAAGGUACCUCUCCCAGAUGGGGAACUCUGCAGACGAUGAUAUGCCAAGCAAGGAAGUGGAUGUGCUGUGUGAACAGGACCGGGCCAUCUCCCCACUCCUUUUUGAAGACAGCCCCCCUGACUUGCAGCCUUUGCAAGGGAAUUCUGGAGAACAAAACAAUCCUCAAAUACUCCACAACUCCGUUGUUUUUGGAACAUCAGCAGAGGAAGUGGUAAAGGAAAUUCGUUUCAGAAUCAAGCAAAAAACAACACUGACAGCCAGUGCAGGCAUUGCCCCAAAUACAAUGUUAGCAAAAAUAUGCAGUGAUAAGAAUAAACCAAAUGGACAAUACCAAGUUAUCCCCAACAGACAAGCUGUGAUGAACUUCAUCAAGGACUUACCCAUAAGGAAGGUUUCCGGAAUAGGAAAAGUUACAGAGAAAAUGUUAAAGGCUCUCGGAGUUGUCACUUGCACAGAACUCUACCAACAGAGAGCAUUACUUUCUCUACUUUUCUCCGAAACGUCUUGGCAUUAUUUUCUUCAUGUCUCCCUGGGUCUAGGUUCAACACACCUGGCAAGGGAUGGAGAGAGGAAAAGUAUGAGUAUUGAGAGAACAUUCAGUGAGCUAAGCAAAGCAGAAGAACAGUACAGCCUGUGCCAGGAACUAUGCAGGGAUCUUGCUCAGGAUCUCCAGAAAGAAGGACUGAAGGGUAGAACUGUCACUGUGAAGCUGAAGAACGUGGAUUUUGAAGUAAAGACGCGAGCGUCUACAGUUCCAUGUCUUGUUUCUACUUCAGAAGAAAUCUUUGCUGUUGCCAAGGAGUUGCUAAGGACAGAGAUUGAUGCUGAUUUUCCACAUCCCUUGAGAUUAAGACUUAUGGGUGUUCGGGUGUCUGGUUUUCCCAACGAAGAGGACAAGAAGCAGCAGCAAAAGAGCAUCGUCGGCUUCCUACAGACUGGAAACCACGUCCUGCCCGCCACAGGGCCUGUGCUAGAGAGAACUGGCAUGGGUCCGCCUGAAAACCCUCUAGAAGUGUCUCAGAAGAAGAGUUUCUUUGAUAAAAAACGAUUAGAAAGGAAAGGGAGUCACCAAGACACAUUGAAACAUGAAGCUGCAGAUGAACAGAGUUUGCAGACCUCACAGCCACUGCCAGUUUUACAGAAGAUGAGUGAGAAUUUAGCGUUGGAGAGUGCGGGUGGCCUUGGCACCUUCACCUGUCCUGUUUGCUCCAGGGAGCAGGGACGCAUCAGUCUGGAAGCCUUCAACAGGCACGUGGAUGCGUGUCUCGAUGCACCUUCAGGCAGCGCGGCCUCCAGGGGGGCCCUGGGCUCACAGGCUGCCUCCACUGAAGUCAGCAGGAAAGAAAAUGCACAUCACUCUUUCUCGUGUGGGGAGACGCAGGAUGAUCAGGAAAAUGUCGACAUGGCUUCAGUAGGUUUGGAAGAGUCUACAGGUAACUCAUCUGAGGUACAGAGUGCAGACGCUCUGAAUCAUAAGCACAAGGAGGAGUGUGAUGGUCUUCCAGACAAAUCCUUCAGUAUGGAACACGGUCGCCAGAAUUCUUCUUGCAGUGUUGCACUGGAAAAGGAAGAUCCUGGGCCGUUAGGUGGGCAAGAAUGCCCCCAGCCUUAUUUAUAUGAAGUGGCAGCAGGCCAAGCUCUAGUAUGUCCUGUUUGUAACCUAGAACAAAGGACUUCAGAUCUUACCCUGUUCAAUGUGCACGUGGAUGUCUGCUUAAAUAAAGAUGUUAUACAAGAACUGAGAAACGAUUCGGUUAAUCCUGUUCAUCAACUCAAAGAAAAUUCUAGAAAUGCUGGCAACUCAAGCAGAGCACAGAAGACGUUAGCAAAAACAAAAAGGCCAGCACUGAUGAAAAAGAACUCGGCAUCAAAGAAAGUAAAGCCAAGCAGUGCCACACGUACCCUUGAUAUAUUUUUUAAAUUCCUUUGAUGGAGACAAAUGCAUAAUCCCUCUGUAAAUGACAUUUCCUUUUCUGAGAAUGAAGAAUGUACAAAUUUACUUCUAAGAAUGUGGAAUGUGCAUGAAUUUACUUCUAAGAAUGUGCAAUAUGUACAAAUCUACCUCUGUGUACGUUUUCUGUAAUAUGAGAACUUUUACAUCCAUUAUGGAUCAGGUGGAAAUUAGUCCUGUUAGAGAUCAUUUUAAAAAGGGGAACAGGAAUGGAAUCUGAAUAUGAUUUGUUACUUUUACAGUGGAUAUAAAAACACAGGUGUCAGGGCUCUCAGUGGUCCCUACAAGCACUUAUCCACUCUCUGGGCAUUGGACUGCUCUGAUCUUAGUAUCUUCUGAUACCUUAUGGACAUUCAUCAUUAGAACCUAUCAUAAUUUCUAUGAUGAGUAUUAAUUUAGCAGAACUCCUAUGCCUGGUUUUGUUAUCUUCAGGAAAAUAAUAUCACAGUAUUAUCUGUGUUAAAAGGAUCGUUGCUUAAAAUAUCACUAUUUAUUGGUUUUUCUUAUUUAUAAUCCCUUUAUCUUAUGAAUGAACACUUGAUUUACUUUAUACACAGUAAUUUUAUAUGUGGGACUUUUAAGUGGCAGGUUGUUGUCUCUGGCAGUUACAUCUGCUUUUUCCACAAGUAUAUUAAAAGGAUAAAUUAUACAGGCAUUUUAAGAGGGAAAUGUACAAUUCAAAAGGCUCAUGUGUAUCAAAACAUCUCCUUUAUCUUAGUUGCGUUUCUAACACAGCGUAAUAGAAGUGGUAUGCUGAAGACUUGUGUUAGUGGAGUCUCUAAGACAGUUGUGUAGCUGGAGCAGACGCAGUCAGAGUCUUCACCACAAGAAGGAACUGCAUCUUGUUCUCCUAGAGCUUUGUUUUCUUUUUCCUUUUUUUGCUUAUUAUUUAACCAUAUAAGGAAUUAACAUUAAUUAGCAUCUCGCACAACCUUUGGCUGCAGGGCCGUCUUGAGUCUUAACUCCUAAACUGUUUGGAACCAGGCACCACAGCAAGCACAAAGCUGCUGCACUUAGGUAAAUUCCAGACCCAGCAAAACUGCUUUAAAUGUCCUGAAAAGACAGCACUCUGUUUUCUGACCCUCCUGAAGUUUAUUGUUUUAAUAUUAGAGCAAAUAUCAAAUUAUUUUCAUUUAUAUAAUUAAACUGGAUGUUAUCUUUAGUAAUAUUCAAUAAUAAUUGAAAAUAAAAUUUAUUUUUAGUCAA